UCUAGCUACAUCCCAAGGUAGCUAGCUAGCUACAUCAUUCUGACACAUCUUACAUUAUUUUAUGUACCAUUUAGUGUAGGUAUUUCAAGUUGAAGACGUCUAAAUCACAGAUAUGUAAGCAGGUCGAGUUUGAGCAUUUGUCCGAAGUCACCAUGGAGGACUGAAGUGCUGAAGAUGACGCUGUCGCCCCUGAAAUUACCGGGUAGCAAUGGCAUAGCUUGUUACUAGCAUGUCGGUCGUAUUUCAACAUUAGUUAGCUAACGUUAUCUUUCUCUGGCUCGCGCAUAUCAUAGGAUCACGUUAAACAAGGAAACUAGUGCAAACCCCCAUGAGGAGGCUGCGGAGGCGGGGAUGCAGUGCUGGAGAAGUUGGGCUUGAGAUGGGCCGGGGCCGGGGAAGGGGAAGGGGCAGGGUCUCCAGCGUUCGGCCGCGGCCGCCUUCCCCCUAUAGACUGCAACUAUCUCCAUCUAGAGAGACUUUGACAUAUGCUCAGGCCCAGAAGAUGGUGGAGGUGGACCUGGAUGGAAGGCUUCACAGGAUCAACAUCACAGACCCUCUGCCAGUCAUCACAGAGGACGAGAUGAUGGCUCAGGACAUUGUUGAGUGCAACAGUAACAAAGAGAACAGCGAACAAACCCAGAGCAGAGCCAGACCAGGGCGCAAACCUCCCAACCCAAAGGGCCGCAGGAGGGAGAGCAAAACCUCAUCUCACCUGAGCCGACGUUCUGGUGGUCAGCAACACACGCAAAGCCAAACCGAUCCUUCCCAGCACCCUUCCCCCCAAAGCCCUCUCCCUGAGCCCACCUUCCGCGUGCUGGACUCCCUGUGUCCUUCAGCCGCACCUCCCCUCCCUGCGGCCUACUACCGGUUCAUAGAGAAGUCAGGAGAGGAGCAGGACUGUGAGGCAGAGUACGACAUGGACGAGGAGGACCUGGCCUGGCUGGAGAUGGUCAAUCAAAAGAGGGUGUCUGAUGGCCACGCCUCCGUCUCCCCGGAUACCUUUGAGCUGCUGAUCGAUCGUCUGGAGAGGGAGUCCAUCCUGGAGUCACGGAGCCAGGCCCUGUCCCAGAGUGCCAUAGACGAGGACGCCUUCUGCUGCGUCUGCCUGGACGACGAGUGUCUCAACAGCAACGUCAUCCUGUUCUGUGACAUCUGCAACCUGGCCGUCCACCAGGAGUGCUACGGCGUGCCCUACAUCCCUGAGGGCCAGUGGUUGUGCCGCUGCUGUCUGCAGUCCCCCUCACGCCCCGUGGACUGUGUGCUCUGCCCCAACCGGGGAGGUGCCUUCAAACAGACUAGUGAUGGACGCUGGGCCCACGUAGUCUGUGCCAUAUGGAUCCCAGAGGUGUGCUUUGCCAACACGGUGUUCCUGGAACCCGUGGAGGGGGUGAAAAACAUCCCCCCAGCCCGCUGGAAGCUCACCUGCCACCUGUGCAAGCAGAAAGGCUGGGGCGCGUCCAUCCAGUGCCACAAGGCCAACUGUUACCGGGCCUUCCAUGUCACCUGUGCCCAGAAGGCUGGCCUCUUCAUGAAGAUCGACCCGGUCCGAGAGACCGGGGUCAACGGAACCACCUUCUCUGUAAAAAAAACUGCCUUCUGUGAGAAUCACUCUCCGGUCGGGUUAAGGCGAGAUGGGUCUGGUGAUGUGGAGGGGAGGCUGGUGGGAGGAAGGGGGAACAGAGGUCAAAGGUCAUACACUCAGAGCCCCCUGGCACUACCCAGUAAAAAGACUCCCAAGGGCCAGAAGAAGAAGAAAGGUCAGACGACCCGUCGCUCCGCUGUGCCUGUACUGCUGGUUCCUCAGAUCCCCUCUCACAGGCUGAACAAGAUUUGCACUGGGGUUGCUGUCCAGAGGAAGAACCAGUUCAUGCAGAGGCUUCACAACUACUGGCUGCUGAAACGUCAAUCCCGAAACGGCAUGCCUCUCAUCCGGCGCCUGCACUCGCAUCUGCAUGCUCACAAGACUGCUGAGCAGAGGGAGCCUGAUGAGAAGCUUAGUGCGGCAAGGGAGGAGCUACGGUACUGGCAGAAGUUGCGGCAGGACCUGGAGAGAGCCCGGCUCCUGGUGGAACUCAUUCGCAAGAGAGAGCGACUAAAGAGAGAGCAGAUGAAACUUCAACAGGCCGCUCUGGAGCUGAAGUUGACCCCUGCGUUAAUACUGCUGCGCUCCACCCUGGACCAGCUUCAGGAGAAGGACACGGCACAGAUCUUCUCUCAGCCUGUGAAUCUAGCAGAGGUCCCGGACUAUCUGGAGUUCAUCUCCAAGCCCAUGGACUUGUCCAGCAUGCGUGCCAAACUGGAGUCCCAUUCUUACUGCUCCAUUGCAGACCUGGAGGGCGACUUCAACCUCAUGGUGUCCAACUGCCUGAGGUACAACUCCAAGGAGACCGCGUUCCACCGAGCCGCCCUGCAUCUGCGGGAGGUGGGAGGGGCCGUCCUCCGCCACGCCCACAGACAGGCCCAGAGCAUCGGGUUGGACCCCAGCACGGGCAUGCACCUCCCAGACUUUCCCAACAUGCACGGCUUCUACCAAUGCACCUGGGAGGACGUGGACUCUCUCCUGGACCCAGACAACAGGCUCCACCUGUCCACAGAGGAGCAGCUGAAGGCCCUGCUGGAGAAGCUGGACGUGGUGACGUCCAUGCGCUCCAGUGGAGGGAGAACCAAACGCAUCCGGCUGUUGCGCAGAGAGAUCAACAUGAUCGGGCACAAGCAGCAGCGCUCACAGUCUCUCAAUGGGAAAGAAGAAGAAGUUGAGGAAGAGGGAGAAGAAGAAAAGGGAGAGAAGGGCAAUGUGGAGAACGGUCCUUUAACAUCAGCCUCUACCCCGGGGACAGAUGACUCUCCACCAACACUAGAGCCUUCAUGCCCAGUGUCGUCCCCACUGCCAGGAGAUGCCCCACCUGAACCACCCUUACUGGGCCUAGUGACCACAGGGCAAAGGUCACCAGGGCGCUCCUACAAGCGCCAGAGAUCCUCCCGUAGUGGGGGCAACGGGCGGAGCGAUGAUGAUGCUGAAGUUGGGGAGACACUGACACUGUGCAAACAGGAGGAGGCUUCUCAAGAGGUCUCUCCUUUGGAGACUCCCAGUCCUCCCAUUAACGCCUGUCCUUUGGUUGGAGUUGGCCGUCGUACAUCCGUUCUGUUCAAGAAAGCUAAAAAUGGAGCAAGACUCGCAAAGAACAAGGCGGCUCAGUUACAGAACAGACGGACCACUGAGGGUAAAACCAAUGGCUUGGACCGUACCCCCACCAUUCCAAAACCUCCCAGUGUGACCGCCCUCUCCAACCCUGCCCCUCCUCCCACACCCUCCUCACCGUCAUCCCACCACCUGAGGUCCAGAGGGUCCAACUCUGACAGCGAGGCAGACAAGCCCCUCCAUCUCGUCAAAGAGGACGGCUUGACAAAUGGGCUAGGAAAGCACAAAGAGGACUCCUCAGACCCACCAUCCAAUGACCAAAAACACAGUGACCCCCUGCUACCCAAACGCAGUCGUGGUAAACCAGCUCUGGCUAAAGUCCCAGAGAGGCAGAAUGGAGGCUCAGGGAUGAGUAUGCUUUUGCCCUUUGAAAGUCAGACAGAGCUCACACCACUGGACCUGGUCUGGGCUAAGUGUCGUGGAUAUCCAUCAUACCCAGCAAUGGUUGUUGACCCUGACAUGCCUCAGGAAGGGCUUCUUCACAACGGCAUCCCCAUCCCAGUGCCUCCUGGGGACGUGCUCAAACUGGGGGAGCGGAGGCAGAACGCGACAGGGGAGAGGCACUACCUCGUGCUGUUCUUCGACACCAAAAGGACCUGGCAAUGGCUGCCACGGGACAAGUUGCUGCCAAUGGGGAUGGAUGACACAGUGGACAAACUGCGGCUGAUGGAGGGCAAGAAGCCCAGCGUCCGCAAGUCUGUACACACGGCAUACGACCGUGCCAUGAUACACCUGAACCACGUUAUGAACUACGCCAAGGGGAACCUCAGUUUCAACCCCUCCAAUUUCAUAUGAAGGAUUUUUAUCAGUGUGCAAAUCCACCGCAAUCUGUCUGGUUAGGAGGGAUCAAACUAAUAACAAAGAGCUUGAGUGAGAGAAGAACGACCUUAUUUUCAUUAAUUCACCAGAAGGUGGACAUGGAAUUUGAGUGGUUUGAUAUACUUAAGUGAGUGAUGGUCUGGUUGACUCUCAUCUCUUCAGGUGAACAUUAUCAUUUUGGAAUUUGGGGGAAAUGUGAGAGGAGUUCCUAAAAGACAUGAUAAAAUGUGGUUAUUCAUUGUGAUUUAGAUUUUAAUGACUUUUACACAACCUCUCCGUUGCAAUGAGUCUAGUAAUAUUAUGGUUGUUUUAGGCCAAGUGAAUCAAGACAAGUAAAUACAUUGUAUUUAUUUUAUCCUCAAAAGGGAUUUGCCAGAUUCAAAGCAUAUUCAGAUUGUAUUUGUCAUUGAAAUACCAUGCUUCUUAAACAUAUUUUUACACAUUGUGAAGCAAUUUAUUUGUUAAUUUUUUUUAUUUAUAUGAAAUGAAAAUGGUGUGCUUGUUGCAGCUAUUUGAUGGAACAUGAGGACUUUUGAAUGUCUAGUCAGGACAAUGGAGAUGAUGCUGUUUCUCACCGGUCAUGUCAGCGGUCACUGCAACCACUUUUUUUAACAAGGUCAAUAAUAUUCUUUGCAAACCCUCCAAUGACUUGAAAAGCACAAUCUGUUAGUUAGAAAAGGUUUAUAGAAUAUAUGAGCUGUGAAGACAUAGGUAUAAAAAAAAUGUGAUAUAACUCUUAUGUGCAUGUGUAGAAGCAUAUGCACAUCAUUUUGUAUAUAUGUAAAUGUCUGUGUUUAUAAUACACAAAGUAAUUUAAGGAAUGCAAAAAAUCUAAAUAGAUUUUAAUUUACAUCGUGUGACAAUUUGAAAGUGUUAUUUAAAAAUAAAUAUGGAAAAAGAUUUAUGUAUGAAGCUCUGUAGCUAUUUGUAUCAGUGACAAUACUUAUUGAGAUAUCGGAUAAUGUGCUGUUGUGUCGGCAUAAAAGUGCACCAGCCUCCUAGACCGUUUGAGGUGGCAGAGGACUUCUGGAUCUUGUCAUUUGAAUUGUACCACAAGAUCUACAAUCUGUCUGAAACAAUAUUUUCUCGCAAGAAAUAAAUUGUUUUAAAUGGUUGUUUGUUCUCAGUCUCAUAAAAAUCUAACAUGCAGUUAUGAAAGAAUGACAAGGUGGUUUGUGCAACCUGGGAUUUAUUUAGGAACCAACUGAACAUGAAUACUGUAGAUAAGAUGUUCCUAACAGCCUGAACAGCCACCACUCAGGACAUGACGCAUUGUUGAUCCUGUUAUCCAACAAGAAUUUGCAUGAAGUGUCUG